AUGGCCCAUUCAACUCCUUUCACGGAGGUCCCAAUGUCCCAACAAACAGACUCUCCAUAUGUUCGGACUCAGCAAUAUACACGAGGCGCUGGUAGACUCCUCCAACAACCAGCCGUCCCAAUGCAAGCCGAAUGGGGUCUCCCUCAUCUUGACUCCGUUACCUCUACUACUCAUAUUUUCCCUGAAGGAGAAUUUGUCCCAUACAAGUUCUUCGAAAAGAUCGGCCCAGAGUGGUUCGUUCCCGAAACAGAACAAAAGGAGUGGAAGUACUACAUGCGCAGAGAGGCCCAAAAGAUUUUACCAUUUCUUUACCUGGGUCAAUAUGCCUCCAUGAAAGACAGACACUGGCUCGAAGGCCAAGGUUUCACUUUACUUUUGGCUAUUCGAGACGAAAGGUUUCCACACAUCUGUGGCAAGAACGCAGCGGCUGAGCUGGGAAUUGAAGCCGCGACCUUUGCGGUCCCACGGAUUCAGGAUUUUGUGUCCAUAGGGCCUCAUGUGAUUCGAACAAUCAAUGACCAUAUCUCAUCCUCGCAUACCCCAGUAUCCAACGAAUGGCCCUACAAGAAAGUUUUUGUAUUUUGCGAGACUGGGAACGGUUAUUCAGGCUUAGCACUAGUUGCGUACUUAAUGGUAAUGCUCAACCUGAAGCUACACCACGCCUUAGCUGUGGUUCAUAUGCAACGACUAUCUGUGGAAGCAGAUGAACCAUCGAGACAAAUGUUAGCUUCAUUCGAAUCGAUCAUUAUUGCCAAAAGGAACGUUGAAGAGGCCAGACGAGCAGCUACAGAGGGUACGAGCUUGAUAGUUCCUCCCCAGACUAUAUGCAAAAAGAGGAGUUUUACGGAUCGAGAUGAAGACGAGGAUAUGGAAGACAUCAUGGAUAUGGGUGCAGAUGAAGAUGCAGCCUCUGAUAGAAAGCCUGUGGCUCCAUUCCAGGACCGUUGA